AUGGAGGCACGUCAAUUCGCGCUCGAUAGCUUCUCGCCAAAGAUCAGCAUUGUCACCACGAAGAACCUCUCUGAUGGUUGUAGGUGUAAGUGGGUGUUCCUGAAUGGCUGCGCAGACCGUGUACAGUGCAUCAACAGUCUCAUUGUACAUGGCUUGGUUGCAAAAGAGACGCAGCCCCGGCUUGACACACCAUCGACUCAGGCUGUCGACUCUCACGUGUUUGAAUCCGCUUCCGAUAUACUGGAACCAUAUUCGGAUCGUCGAAAGUAUGUGCUGUCACCAAUGUUUGAGAGCCUCUCAACCAGCGUACCAAGUAGUGGUUUUGUAGUUUUGGUCGUCGCCCCCUGUGCGAGUAUCGUCACUAUGCCACCCGUCUUAAAUUCGAUCAAAUCAAACUUACACAGAGGAAACCCAUGCUCACCAAACACCGAUACUAAUUAUGUCGUCACCGUUUUUGCAUCCUUCGCAGGUAUCGUCCAAAGUAUAGAGUACCCCGACGCUACAUCCAAUAUAUGUAAAAUAAACUUGUUGCCCUUAGUAGAUGUGACCACCAUGGUAAUGAGAUUCAUUUGCGCCUUGGUGGAUUCAUCCAUGCAUAGUAUUUACUCCAAUCAAAUUCAAUUUCUCGUCCGCGACGCCGAACGUGAGGAACGCAUGCAAGCUAUGAUUAGCCUCCGUGAUCAAGAACAGGCAGAGAAAGACAAAGCCCACGCAUCCGAGAUCCAAGGUUUGAAGAUUAGCCUUCUAUCCAUGAACGAACAGUUCAACGUCAAGAAGGUCAAGACCUUAGAAAAUACUGAGGCUAUCCUUCGUGUCCUCACGACACCUCUUCCCAAGCUCAUCAAGGAGAAACUGAAACAAGAUAAAUUUGUAAAACUGUCCGCAAUCAAAAAGCUGAAAUCCGACAUGCCAGCCGUACUCGAUCUACUCAGUUACACCAAAUUGCUCACCGGGUACCUCAUGAACUACACCCUAACUGCCGUCGAGACUCUUGACUACCUUCACCGCGAGGGACUUGAGAAGUACGAGAAAGACACUCGCUUGGCGACUAUCGACACCAACAAACUCUGUACUUUCUUGACAACACUGAACAACAGACGAACGAACACGUUCGGUAGCAAGUGUCGAGUUUGUAAGAUUUUCUGCACCUGCGAAGUCAACGAGACGACCACCAGAGCACCCAAAGCCACUACCCUACGUCUAGCAACAGGAACCAACGAUGCACUACAUUCAAUCGUCACGGAUAAAAUUCUUGUAAAGAAGACAAGUGCAAAUUCAAGCACGAAUACAACAAGCCGAAAUGCAAGUCACGCGCUACGUAUGGAGGCUGUGAACAUGAUCCCAGCAAGCACGAAUGGGAUUCAAAUAUUAUCCCUAUAUUCUUUUCUCCGUAAGGCGGUACGUCCAGACACCGUUCCAAACUUACAGAAGCUAACGAACGCAUUUCAGGGAUACAAUAAAGAAUUAAAAAGAAUACUCUACUACACAUGA